UCCUCAAUCAUCAGCCCUGUCCUAAGGCAACUCACCCGUUUAUCAGCCAAACUCAACUACGACGAUGGGGGAGAAGCACGGUCCAAACACCCAGCGCGGUAAUGCGGUCUGGUUGCACGCUCCAGAAGUCAUUAUCUCGUCCACUUCCACGAAAGCUAUACAAGUCGCCUUCGCAGCCGAAGCCGUCCUAAACAUCGCCAUUGCCUGGCCCUACAUCCUUGACCCUCACUCCACGCUACGAGACCAACUCAUGCAAGCAACGCCCAGUAACCCACAAGGGAUCCCAUCGGCCGAAUCGGCAUCUCUUCUUCAGUGGAUCGGGAUGUGUACACUGACUAUGAGUGUGCCCUUGAUUCUCGGAGUGCCAAACAAGCCAGGCACUGUGGAGGUCCGGAAAGCUGCGUACAUCACCAUAGCGGCGCUGGAGGUGCUUUGGAUUUCGGCUAUUGUGUGGCAGGGGGCCGUUUUGGGCGAUACCAUCAGUGGAUUAAAUGGCGAGAAGUGUUUAAGGCAGUUUGUUGUUCCGAUGGGUUCGUUCCUACUAUUCCGGUGUUGGGUCCUAUUGGUGAAGCCACACUGGCUGGGGAUGUACGGGUCUAAGACAGACUGAGUGCACCCUUUGGUGCCUCCAAGUUAAGACAUGGAAUUAUCAUUAUAGCGGCCAGCAGACACUGCAUCGAGUUCCUCUGACCUUGGGCGGACGAGGCUAGGUCCAUCAGACUUGGUAACCUCUUCUCAGGCCACCCCGCACAAAGCGGCAUUGAAGAACUCCUCACCUCGGCACAAACCGGCUCCGGCGACGAUCCCUGCCCUCCAGAUGGCACUCUGUCGAUCGAAGAGCACCAUCCCUUGCCUUGACAUUUGGACCGGCACGCCCGUGAUUUGGUGUACCAUCAGCAAGUUGAGAUCACAAUCAUGCAGAAAUUUGCCAGUAGCAAUGACAGAACAGUUGGGGGAUACCGGACGUAUAAAUAAAGAACAACAUAGCUGC